AUGAAGUCGCCAGACCAGGAGCCCAUUCAGAGGCGACGCUCGUCGACGCUACACUAUCAUACUUUUGAUACGCCCCCGCCAAAGUCCCGCGGCAGACCGAACUCCGGCCAGUCCGCCUCGUCGGGUGAAGACUCACGGCACCAUCAUGUCUCUAUUGAUGAAUCGACGUCACAGUCGCCCCUCCCCAAGAAGCAAAUCAUGGUUCUGGCAUUGAUCGCGCUGUGCGAGCAGACGGCUUUCAACUCCAUCAGUCCUUACCUUCCCGAUAUGGCGUCAUCGUUCCCUGAGGCGAAACCGGGCAUGGUUGGGGUAUACGUGGGAUUGAUUGGGACGGCGUUCGCGGUAGCGCAGCUGGUUACCAACUAUUUCUGGGGUUGGUUGUCGGAUCGCAUAGGGCGGAAACCGGUUAUUCUUUUAGGCACAGUCCUUACCGCAGUGUGCUUUGUCGCAUUCGGAUUCUGCAGUACGUUGUGGCAGGCUGUCGCGGUGCAGGCGUUGAUGGGUGUUGUCAAUGGGAAUCAGGGCUUGGUGUCGACCUGCCUCGGAGAGAUCACCGACAAGAGCAAUCAAUCAAAGGCAUUUACCUAUUUACCGGUUCUUUACGGCAUUGGUGGUGUCACUGGCCCCUUAGUCGGUGGCUUGCUUGUCUUUCGACAAAAUCCGUUCAAUAACGCGGAGCCGAAUCCGUACCCAUACCUGUGGCCAAAUCUUCUAUCUGCUGCGAUUCUCGGGCUAGAUUUUGUUGUGGCACUGAUCUUCCUGAAAGAAAGUCUGGAAGAUGCAGAUACCUUGCCCACGUUUGGCAAGAAGAUCCGCGACCUGUUUGCGUGGUUAUGGCAGAUGACCAGUCUUGGGAAGCGACCUCGCACUAUACGGCCAGGGGACCAUCUGCCUUAUAGGAUGAUUCGCGAACAAUCGGCAGACGCCGACGAGCAUGAUAGCGAGCUAGAUUCGGCUUCAGAAGCAUCCGCAGACCACCAGGGUCACGAAUCCCUGACACGGAGCGAGCUGCUCAAUCGAGACACCAUUCUUCUCCUUUUGACGUAUCUCAUUUUCGCCCUGUGCAAUAUCGCCUUCAACGCGCUUUUCCCGAUCUUCUCCCAAGCAGCCCCGCCUAUUGGGCGUGGUCUUACACCGUCUGAGAUCGGUCUUGCCCAGGGCUUCGCAGGCGUCGUGACUAUAAUCUUCCAAAUAUGCAUUUUUGGCCAGCUGCGCAACAAGAUGGGAAACCGGUGGUCCUACCGAGCUGGCCUCUUUGGCUUCGUGGUUUCCUUCAUCCUCAUGCCGUUCAUCGGAUACAAAGGCGAUGAUACCGGGAAGACUGGCGUCACCGGCAAGACAGCCUUCAUGGCUAUCGAGCUCUGUCUCGUCUUACUAGUAAAGACUGUCGCUGCUGUCGGCGGCUUGACCAGCGCACUCCUCCUGAUCACAAAUUCCGCCCCCGACCACGCCGUCUUAGGCGCCCUCAACGGUCUCGCCCAGACCCUUUCUGCAGCAGGCCGUGCUGUCGGUCCCUUCCUCUCUGGCAGUCUCUUCUCCCUUGCAGCCCGCGUCCAGCCAAAGGGCGAGGUAAUUCCCUUUGGUGUCUUUGCUGCGGUAUCUCUUGUUGGCUUCUUCCUCAGCUUUGGAAUAAAGGGGCGCAAGUUGGAGGCUGACGGGUGGGAGAGUAAUCCUGACGACGAUGACGAUGAUGAUGAUGGGAGUGGAAAUUCAGAUGACGAGGAGAACUGA